UGCCGGGCCGUGCCGUGCCGUGCCGUGCCGUGCCGGAGGUGUGCUGGGGCUGUACCAUGCCGGGCCGAGCCUGGGGUGUGCUGAACUGAGCCUGGGGGUGUGCUGAGCUGUGCUAUGCCUUCCAGAGAAUGGCAAGGAAAUUGGUGAAGGGUCUGGAGCUCAAGUCUUAUGAGGAGUGGCUGAGGGAGCUGGGCGUGUUUAAGAGUGUUUAACCUGGAGAAAAGGCUCAGGGGGACCUUAUUGCUGUCUACAACUACCUUUGAAACGAGGUUGUAGCUAGGUGAGAGUGGGCUGCUUCUCCCAGGCAACCAGCGACAGGACGAGAGGAUAUAGUCUGAAGCUGUGCCAGGGGAGGUUCAGACUCACAGCAAAAUGGCCACCAUUCCCCUUGGCUUCAACAUCGACUCCCCACGCUGGGACCAGAGCACGUUCGUGGGGCGCCUGAAGCAUUUCCUCAACAUCACCGACCCUCGGACAGUGCUGGUGCCGGAGGAGGAGCUGGACCGGGCCAAGGCCCUGGUGGAGGGCUGCAGGGCCGGGGUGGUGCCGCCAGGAAGCAGCCAGGAGCAGCUGCUCUAUGCCAAGAAGCUGUACGACUCAGCCUUCCACCCUGACAGCGGUGAGAAGAUGAACUUCAUUGGGAGGAUGUCCUUCCAGGUGCCGGGGGGCAUGGCCAUCACUGGCUGCAUGCUCCAGUUCUAUCGGACGGUGCCUGCCGUGGUUUUCUGGCAGUGGGUGAACCAGUCAUUUAAUGCCUUUGUCAACUACACCAACCGCAACGCUGCCUCCCCCAUCUCUCUGAGGCAAAUCGGGGUGGCUUAUGUCACAGCCACCGGUGCAGCCCUGGCCACUGCAGUGGGACUCAACCUCUACACCAAGCGAGCUCCCCCCUUGCUGGCCCGCUGGGUCCCCUUUGCAGCUGUGGCUGCUGCCAACUGUGUCAAUAUCCCCAUGAUGCGGCAACAGGAGAUCAUCAACGGGAUCACAGUGACAGAUGAGAACAACAAUGAGCUUGGCCGCUCCAGGAGGGCGGCAGUGAAGGGCAUCGCACAGGUUGUGCUCUCCAGGAUCACCAUGGCAGCACCGGGCAUGAUUAUUUUGCCCAUUGUCAUGGAGCGACUGGAGAAAUUCACCUUCAUGCAGCGGAUCCGGGUUCUCCAUGGGCCUCUGCAGGUGCUGCUCUGUGGGGGCUUCCUCCUCUUCAUGGUGCCAGCAGCCUGUGCCCUCUUCCCACAGCAAUGCUCUCUUGCACUGGCUGACCUUGAGCUGGAGCUGCGUGACAGCAUUGUGGCCAAGCACGGGGACAAAGUACCAUAUGUCUAUUUUAACAAAGGACUGUGAAUGGAGACUACCUCAGGAGCCAUCGCACCCCUCUGGCCUCCUGCCACCACCAAUCCCAUGUCCCCUGAGCAGGGUCAGAGGCACAGUCCAGCCCAGGACAGUCCAGCCCAGAUCUGCUCCCCCACCCAACACCUUCUCUGCAGCCUUCUUCCACUGUAGAAGCAGGAUCUGACUCUCCAUGUCCAGCUUGCAGCACUUCGGCUUGUCCUGAGCCACCCCCAUCUGCUGCUGGCCACGUCCCAGCCUUCCCAUGUCCCUCUUGCCCUGAGGGAUGCCUGCACUUCCUGUGCCUUCCUUUGACCCUGCACACGAGGAUCUGCCCAGCCUGUCUGGGCCUCAUUGGUUUGGCCCCAUGAGGCAUGAGGCUCUCUCCCUUGGGGCUCAGAGCACAGUUCUACCUCCAAAAGCAGGUAUCCUGCCAUGGUACCAGCAACCAAACCACAUUCCUGCCUUUAAUCACCACAGUAGCCUCUUCCCAAGAGCUAGAUCAUGUCUUGGCAGGUGUGAAGGGACCUGUUCUGUCUGUACCGUGAGAGUGACCAUCCCAAAGUCCAGAGGCCAAUGCUUGGACUGUGCCUUCCUUGCUCUCAGGUUCAGGUUCUAUUCACUCUGUGAUUGCCACAACCCAGGAAGAAAUAGCUAAUUGUUUUAAGCUCUAAUUUUUUCAUUCCUCUGAGCACAAGAGGUAGCUGUCACCCUUGUCCUACAUCUCUGGUCCCCACCUAGAACCAUGAAACUGCGGCUUUACAGGACAAUUGUCUCUGUGCCCCUUUUGAUGUGGGGAAGACACAGAAAUCACGGAACUGUUAGGGUUGGAAGGACCUCUGGAGGUCAUCUAUUCCAGACCCCCUGCCAAGGCAGGGUCACUAGAGCAGGUUACACAGGAAUGUAUCCAGGUGAAUUUUGAGUAUCUCCAGAGAGGGAGACUCCACAACCUGCCUGGGCAGCCUGUUGCAGUGCUUUGCCACCCUCAGUGUA